ACUCACGAUGUGAGGUGAUGCAACUAUCAUGACCUGCGUCUCUCGUCACCACCAUGACUAGCUCCGACAAUCAACAUUUCCGCAAGAUUCUGCCUGCUGAAGCUGGCCUGGAAUCUGCCGGUACCACUGCCACCACAUCCUCCUCUGCCAGCGCCCAUGCCGAAGCCCUGCCCACUAGCCUCCCCUGCCCAUCGAAUACUCUGGAGGAAUCGGAACGCAGCAAGCGUAAGCGCAGCAGAACCCAAGUUUCCUGUAAUGACUGCCGUCGGAAAAAAAUCCGUUGUGAUGGCCAACGCCCCAAGUGCCAGGCAUGUCGAAAGAAAUUGACGCCAUGCGUGUACCCCGAGCCGCCCGACGAAAUCACGAUCGAGUCCUCCGAGAUUUUGCAUGUGCUACUGUCGUCUUCCGAUAUUGAAGCCCUAGAUAUCUUGCGCAUGUUGAGAGCCAGCCAUGAACCCGCUGCCGUUCUAUCCAUUUUGAAGGCAACUUCUGACUGCCGAGCAAAAUCAUCCGCACCAACACUCGAUCUGCAUAUCCAUAGCGCGCCUGGACUGAACCAACCGUCAUGUGAAUACCCAAGACAUCGUCUCAUAUGUAGGUUGAAAGGCAUGCUUCCGAAAGGAGGUGUUAUAUCAUCAACCCCGAGGCGGUGACCGGUAAAAGCGCUCAUGGGAACUUUUUCCCUUGUUCCGUGAUGGGUCUCUACGUAAUCUCGAUAUACCCAGAACUGCGAUGUUGUUAAGGGUUGUUGAGGAAGGACUGAUCCGACUUGUAUCACCCUAACAUGGAGAUCAUCGACAGCUAUGCCGGAAACUAUAUGUAUUGCCUGAAAAGCUCUCAGUCCAAGCCGAGGGGGUGGAGGGGUGAACAUCCUAGGGGCUUGGGUGAGAACUCCAGCAUGCCCGUCCUCGCUAGCACCAGGUUGGAGGGUGUGGGGGAUGUGAUAAGGGGUACAGGGGAUAAGGGAUGCGCACUGGCGAUGCUGUUGGGGCCUUUGCAUUUGUAGAGCAGGUUGACGGCUACGGUGACCCCUUCGUUAUACGACUCUUGCGAAAGCUC